GCUUCGCACGCUUAGUGUGAAUACCGCGCUACGCAGUGCACUCGUCUUAGUUCGCGAAGCUUGAGUGCAAUCGCUUCGAUUAUCGUCUUGUACAUCGAUUUGCUAGGGGAGGCGUCACUGCCUACUGUGAAGAUCAGCCAUGGUACCCGGUGCGCAGCAUUACGUUUUAGUAACGAUCGUAAUCAUCGCUAUUAUAUCGCCAUGCCUCAGUAUCCAGCCAUCCACAGCCGAUGAAAUCAUCGAAAAAGAUCGUAAUGCCAGACAAUCUGCUAUAAGAGCAGGUAGACACGUUGCCGCGGCUCCAAAAAGGGGAUUUUUUGGAACUAUAUUUCAUGUCAUUUUAGAGCAAAUCAACGAUACAAAAAGCGCAUACAAUCAAAUAUCUGAUUUAGUAAACAACCAAUUUGCAGAUGACAAUGCAGUGACAACAACUCCAGAUCCUUCAAAUAAUGGCACCACAGAGUCACCGAAAAUUACUAGAGCCGAGUUCCUAAAAAUAUUAGAUCGCAAUCUCAAAGGACUGAGUCGCCUCCGGAACUUAGAGUGGCGAGAAGCCAAGAAGGAUUCUGCAGCAAGUAUCAGAAUGUACAAGGACGAAAUAUUCAGAGGGAAGAAAGCGAGAAGCACAAGAUAACAUCUAAUCGCAUUGUAGAUUGCUAGAUAUAACGAAUAAAUUAAUACUUUAAGCGCCUACUUCACCACCUACGUACAGGGUGUCAUAAAUAUGAAAUAAUAUUAUUACCUAUGUCAUUGUCACUUAAAUACACUUUACGAAAAUAAUAUCAUCAGCGGAAAGUUCCCAUUCUAAUCUUUAAAGCAAAAUAAUUAUAAACUCAACACCAUUGCAAUUGGAUUUGGAACAUCAAUAAUUGCAUAGGUAGGUACUGAACGUAUUAUAUAUUUCAUAUUUACGACACACGCUGUAUAAGAACCUGGUCAACUUAUGUGACAGGUAGUUUAUACAAAUUACGUUCUUAUUUCUAUUGAAAUGUUACAUACGGCUAUCCAGAUAAUGUGAAACAGCCUAAAGUAGGUAUUAAAAACGGUGAAGGUACUUUUGACUAUGACUACCCCUUGAAAAGCAUAAAAAAUGCGUUUAUGGGAAAGUCCAUACAGAAGUCACUCAUUACAACUAUUUGAUAUGAGAAUUAUUAAAGAUAGUCUUUUG